AUCGAAGUUUUUCCCACCUCCAAGGCAAAAGACCACGGUACAAAAUCAAUUUAUUUGCACCGAACAGCGAAUAUUGCUUAAAAGCUCAAUUAAAUGCCAGUGCGAACUGCAUUUAGCGAUCAUUAUUCGUGUUAGCGUCCGUGGGUGUCCUGGCAAGGGGUUGCGACUGAGUUGACCCUCGAUUUUCUUUUGUGUGCGUUGAGGCAAAACCGCAAAAGUGGAUACCGAAACUGUGAAAAUUGAGGAUUUGAUGGACUCUGAUCCCGAAAUCGAGUUCAUCGAAAAGGACAGCGGGAUGUCAUCAUUGGGUGGCAGCAAGGACGAGACGCCCGAGCGGCGGGCAGUGGCCGCUACAUCAAACGAGCCUCAGGGCGAGAAUUACGAUGAUGAACCCGACGAGUCAUUUGGCGAACGUUUCUGGGGACUGACGGAAAUGUUCCCCGAGCCGGUGCGCAAUGCCGUGGGUGCAGUAACCGGAGCCACCGUUAGCGGCUUCAAGGGCCUCUACGCGUUCUCGUGCAGCGCCAGCUGGAUUUUCUUCACCAGUUCCGUCAUUCUGUUCGCGCCCGUUAUUUUCGAGACGGAGCGCGCCCAAAUGGAGGAGCUGCACAAGUCGCAGCAGAAGCAAGUUCUACUGGGUCCCAGCAGCGCGAUGGCUCCGAGCGGACCUUCGCCCAGCCUUCCCUCGAUUCGUUAACCUAGCCACUUACGCAUAUUAGCACUACGAUAACCGGCGUCGGGGCUCUGAACUCCGAGCUCGGAUUUGCCACACGUUAGCUUAAGUUUGUCGAUACCAAUCAAUCCCAGUCGCAGUCGAUGUCGAGGACACCACGGACGACCGAAACAAUAGCAAAAUCCUCCAAAGAAAGUCACCCAACAGCCACACCCUCAGCCUAGCAUUUAUGCGUUCACACACCUCCCCCGGAAAUAUCGGUUACCACUGUCCCCUUCGACUCGAAACGAUGCGAGCAAUUGCAAAACUUCAGAUAGGUGUUAGCAUUGUAGUUGGCGUACAGAGUAUAAACAAACAACCACUAUGGUUCAAACCAAUUAAUAAAUAUUCGUUUAUUAAGAGUUAAAA